UACUGUGUGGGAUCAACAGCUCUAGAGGAUGUAACACAUGCUGCUCCUGAUUCACUCAAAUGGAUGCAGCUGUACAUUUUAAGAUCGCGUGAAGUGACGCGAAACAUUGUGGAACGUGCAGAGAAAGCCGGAUACAAAGCAAUUGUUGUCUCAGUAGAUAGACGUGUGAUUGGAAAACGGCUGACAGAUUUCCAAAAUCACUCACUUCUACAGCCAUACUUAAUACACCUUCCAAACACUGAAGCAUCCCAGUUAUCAGAAGCAAAGAAAUCAUCCAAUUUUGAGCAAAGUAAGCACAUUAGUAGCUUGGCUUUCAACAGUUUUGCUGACUCACUGGUUGAUCCAUCAAUUUCUUUUGAAAUUGUGGACUGGCUAAAAAGCAUCACCAAACUACCAAUUAUACUAAAGGGAAUUCUGACAGCAGAUGAUGCAAGGGAGGCUGUUGCAUAUGGAGUUGAUGGAGUCAUUGUUUCCUACACCGGUGGAAGACAGUUAGAUUAUGUCCCUGCCACUGUAGAUUCACGUUCAGAGAUUGUGGAGGCAGUUAAAGGAAGGGCUCAAGUGUACAUUGAUGGUGGAAUAAGACUAGGUACAGAUGUACUGAAGGCCCUGGCUUUAGGAGCACGAGCUGUUUUUAUUGGCAGACCAGCCAUCUGGGGACUCGCAACCAAGGGUGAAACAGGUGUGCUUAAUGUCCUUGAAAUUCUUAGGGAGGAAUUCAAAACAGCAAUGAUACUGUCAGGUACCAUAACUAGUUGGAUAGUGAGCUUAUUACAUAUUAAUAAUAUAAACAUAGAUGUGGCUCGCCUAGAUUAGCCUAGACUACCUGCGGGUUCAUCUGUCAUUAUGUUUAAGUUUCUUUAGAACUUAAUUAUUUUUAAUAACAAAGUGUAGUUGUUGGAUUAUAACACAGUGUAAGUGUAGUUGUAAGUGCAAGCGUAACUUUGAUGCUUAACCACCAGUGGGUUUGUACUUAGUUUUUACUCGCACUACUCUUUAAAUUGAGAACCUUUAACUUUGUGUGAUUACCCAAAAUCACUGGCAAAAAUCUCAGCUCAAAUUAUAUGGAAACAUGCACCAGCAAAUAGAUGUAAAAAGCCCUUUCCGGCCUGUUUUAGCCCUCUAACAACUCUGGCUUCCUUGCAAUUUUUUCUACCAUCUCCCAUACCCCCUCCUGCUCCUAUUUCUCCCAGAUAGCUAACCCGUCUCUGCAACUUGCAGUGAUACACUAGAUUCCAGUAGACAGUGAAAGGUCUUAUUCUGUAUCAGGUUUCACAUUACCCCCUGUUAACAGCAAAUAUUCCUAUUUUGCUUUUAUUGCAUUUUCUGUUCCAAACAGGUUGUGCAUCUGUAGCAGAUCUAAAACCAUCGCAUGUCAUGAGAUGCCCAUCAACACUCUAGAAUUUCAAAGUGCUUCAUGUUGAUGCCUGUCACUUCCUAAUGUUUUAUCCAUUGUGUGUUCCGUUUCUUAUCAUCAGGCAUUUACAAAAUAUAGCAGUACAGUGAAACCCCGUCUUAUGGUCAACCCGUUGUCAUGGCAUUACUUUCUUGAUUUUGUUACCCGUCAUAUGUUUGUAUAAAUCAUCUGGAGAACAGAACUGAACCAUUUGCAGCAUACAUGUAACAUCAACCCCAUGCCAAAUUACAAAAUAAAAUUGAUUAACCUUACAGAUUACGUACGCUUUUUAUUAAUAAUAUUAGUGCAUUGAAAAAUCGAGCAUUGAUUUGUAGCUGAAAUAUGGUUAGCAUUCCUCUGCAGACUGUUUAAAACAGAUUGCACAACUUAGUGUAUUCGUAAAAUGGUUUGAGUCCUGGAGAAUAAGAGGUCACAGUUAUCAUGAAAUCGGUUUAAAUGAUGUUUGACGAUGAAGGUGGCAUCUGCUCAGCUCGAGAAGGGAAGGAACUCCCAUAUAAAAAGCACAUGGCAGCUCUUUGCAAAUUUUGAAAAGAACCCCUAAGAGG